UCAAAUGCUCAGCACAUAAUGUGGGACAAGAGCAAAGAUCACACGACGUAUCUUCCUAUCUGCAUCACACCUAUGGACGCACUGCACCCGGCAGAAGAUUUGACUCGUGCCGUGAGAAAGCUGAGUUGUCACCUUGCAGUAUUGGACUUGGUUCCGUUGAAGAAUCUCGACGCAUGGAACGACCAAAGGUUUCACGAGUUCCACCAAAUGAUGACGGUAUUGUGCGGGUCGUAUUGGGCGCUAAUCGUAUUCAGCGCAUUGAAAAUCGAGGAAAUGGUGUUGAGGAAUGUCUUCAGGUGGGACGGUGUGAGAGUUCUUCUAGGGCGCUGGCGUCGUUAUAGCGAACCAGCAUCAUCUUGCGCCCAAGUUGGGAACCUUCCGUUGAGAGGGCGUGACUCCAUGACCAUAGUGCUGCACGGUACAGAGAACGACUUCAAAAAGGUCACGGUCGCAAAGUCUCGCAUGAACACUCUCUUCGACACGCAUUACGUGGAGGAGUUAUUUGUACGGUGUACAAAAGAGGUGAUCGCCGUGCGAGGCGAUAGCAAACCUGUGUACAGGAUAUGGAAGCGAGAACCUGCAAAGAUGAAAGACUUGUGCACCUGGUUUUCGAAGGAAGGGGAAGGUGUUCUGUUACUGGGCAACGUUCAUGCAGGAACAACGUGGGACUUGCUUCGCUCAGGACGCCAUGUUGUCGCAUUCGAUGGUUCCUCAAACCUGAUGGAGUACUCUACUUUGUUCAUCGAUCGUCACGUCAACAAUCCGGAUAAUAGGUGUCACUUUGAACGAUCCAGACCUCAACAUCGUUCAGACCGAGACAUGUUCCUGAAGCUCGGCAAGAAGAGGGACUCUCUGUGGAGCUAUCUGUUCUGCAAUGCACCCGCAACACCAACAGAUGCAGAUUAUCUGCACCGUAAGGUGAUAGCGAUCCAACAUCUGCAAGGAUAUCACAAUGUCAAACGAGGUGCAAUUGAGAUAUUUUUGGGACGAUGUGAAUACCUAUGGUUUGAAGGGAAGCGAGACAAACUUGAUGUCAAGGUUUACUGCGAGGUAAUGGAUGUUGGGGAGCAGUUUGACAUUAUGGACAAUGAGGUGGAGACGGAGGAUGAGGAGAUUGACCUGUCAUUGUCGGGUGCGCAUCACAAUGCAGUGAGAAAGGAAACGCCUUCGCUGUCCGCUUUGGGUGGCCCACAAGCGAUGAGGGAAGAUGUUGGCGGCAAUAUCGCGAGUACCAGGAACAAAAAUGUGACGCGCGGAACAACGUCGAACACAGGUGGUGCAAUGAAAGGCAACACAUCCAAGUGCGGCAUGAAGGAAACAACCCCAGGAUUCGUUUCGCUGGUGAGGAGAGUUCGCAAUGACAUAGAAGGAGCAACGGACGGCGAGGCUCAAAAUGUUGCGCAUGCAGACAAGGAAUCAGAGGACGGCUCAGAUGGGAUGGACAUAGAGGAUGAUCCCCUCUUUCACAUCCCAGACGACGCCCCCAAACAACUUGCACCGGGUGAUAACAUAUCAUAUAACAUGAAGGAGAUGAAAGGAGGACCUCACUUUCUAAACAUGAAGUACAAAGAGUCACAUGAACACGAGUGGGGGCAUCACAUUGUAUGGCAUCCAGGUCUUUUCGAGCCUUGUGUGAUUGAUGGCAGAUGGCACAUGGCUAUCCGAGUAGGCGAGCAAAGAUGCGCCAGAGAUUACAAAAUAUCAGACAAAGUGAACUCGUUGUUCGAAUUUCUGCAUGAAAAUCACCUUCUCGAGUAUUGCGCUGCGUUCUACAACAAGAAAUCAAGUCCGUCGUAUGAAGCUGUCAUCUGGUCUGUGGACUACCGUGCAACGGACUGUAUGUUCGAUAGCGACAUACUUCUGGGAUGCAGUCAAGGCCUUGAGGGACACACACCCGAUGGUGGCGAGAGUGUGGCAGACAAGGAAGGGCAUAUCAGGAUGCAAAACACAAAUGGAGAUGAGUUUGUGAAACGGUCAUCGAGCACACCGCAACCAACACUUAGACCGUCAGAAGGCAUCAGUGCAGUAGGAGCCAGAAGUGAGACAACACCAACAGCAGGCGAAGAAGUUGUUGCACACGUGCAUGGCAACGACGGGAAGGACGAAAAGAUUGAAGAGGACCGGGGACAAAAAACACCACACGAAGAAGGGUCAAAAUUUCAAGCACAUAAGGGAGUGAAGGCGGUGGUAGGGAAUGUCGAUUCGCAUUCCAAGCAGUCGCAUACGACUGUCAUCAAUACACAGGCGCAAGACACCGACGAAGCCACCAGGGAGCAAAGUGCGCAUCAGAAAGAAGGGGGGAAACGACCAGUGCAUAUGGAAUGCACUGGUCCAGGAACGCAAAUGGUUUCGGAGUCAACAAUGACAGAAAUGAGAGCUGAUUUGGAGGGUGUCAAUGAGGCAGAGCAUGAAAAGGUUCCAAGCACGACAAACAUGGAAAGGGGGGAGGAAAAUGAGAAAGAAGAGGAGGCGGACAAGAGUCACAGUGUGAUCAACUUGGUGGAUCAGUCAGGUGAAAACGAAGAAACAUCUGACAAGGAAGAAGCGAAAGAGUCGGGAAAGGAAUUUCAAGAAAGAGAGCGUGAUUUGAGCGAAGCGAGUGAGGGAAUAUGCGAGCUUUUGAGUAAUUCGCUUGUAACUGAAACGUUGUAUGUGUCAUGUAGCUUUGCAAUGGCACUCCGCCGCAAGUAUAAAGAUCUUUCAUCGUCCCUGAAGCACCGAGAGGAAAGACACCCACAAACGCGGAUGAACCAAAGCACUGUGGUCAGGAAAGAGAAGGGAAAAUUUCAACAAAAGGCAAAUGAAAGAAGCAAGACAUCACCGUUGAUUAAGCCACGCGCGAACUGUGCAGAGGUUCCGGUGCCGCCGCCUCUCCCGCAUUCACAAAGGUCUGAUGCAAAUAAACGACCGCGAGAGUCAUCCCCCACCUCUCCCGCAUUCACAAAGGAUCGCAUGCGACAGGAGCAUUAUUCGCCACAGACGCCAACGAAAAGGUCAUGCGGACAAGGGAGUGAAGAACAACCUCGGAAGAACAUCACACAUGCGAAGAGGAGGAGAACCAUUGAGAAAGAAUGGAAAGACAAGAAGACAAUCGAUCUGAGGGGAUCUGAAGGUGUCGAGGCAGCUGAGGACGAAAAACGAGAUGUGUCACGGGACACAACAGGUAAAGAGCAAAGGGCCGGCACUGAAGAAUAUGAUGAGACAGAGGACGAUGAAGGAGGUAACACGGCCGCGUUCUACGAAGGACAAUCGUAUGGAGAAGAUGAAAGCAACGAAGAGGAGGACAGUGACAAUGGGUAUAACAACACACAGGAUGGCGAUCACGAGGAUGAUGAUGACAAAUAAUCAUCCCAAAGCAGUAGCAGGGAAGAAAGGCGUAGCGAGGACAAUAGAAAAAAGACAUAUAAAAAAACGCAAGGAGGAACAAGUGAUGAAAGCAGGGAGGAAAGCAACGCCGAUAAACUGUUAGUUCCGAA